GGCAACAGCGGUGUGUGGCAAAUCUGUGCCGUUCGACUUUCGACCCUCGCCAGUAGGGUGAAUGCAACCAGUGCGAGAUCAGCAAUUCCAGGGACUAGAUUUAAUCGAAUUCUCGGCAAGCGACGACAAGGGAGAUGCAGUUCUGAAUAACAUUUAUUAUUAUCGUUAUUAGAUUUUAUUGAUGCGUGAUUGGUGACGACGACUGGUAACGGGGGGUUUCCGCGGAUGAGAAAAAGCGACAAGUGCCAAGCGAAGUGCCAUUUGUGCGCUAGUUAUGAGCCUGUACCUUGUAGUGGAAAAUUAGUUUGAGCAAUUUUGUAGUGCGGUUCUCAGAAUGUCCACUGCGUUUAUGGUCGACAGCAUCCUGCAGGAAAAGGAUGUAGAGCAUUGCGCCAUCAAUCGGUUGCAUUCGUCCAGCAGAAUCAGUGCCGGCGGUGACUCGUCCGUGGCGUCGGUGUCCGGCUCGGACAGUGAGUUCGAAGAACACGUGUCCGAUCUGAAGGAUUCCAACAGCUUGUGUGACUCGCCGAAGAGUUUCCAUAGCUCCUACCAUGUGAACAAUUCGUCCUUCUCGGACGAUGAGCUCGGACCGGCGACGGUACUUCGCCCUUACAACGGCCCCAGUGCGAACGAUGAAAACAAUAUGCUGAUGGAUUAUUGCUGUGGCAAGUGUGGCCACUAUCAGUCGGAACCGACGGUCCGGCAAGGUGCGGCAGACGAGAAGGUCUUUUGCAACGAGAGUGAUUAUGAGUUUCGGUGUCAAAAGUGUGGUUUUAGUGAAUUUAUCGCCUCCAAGCGGACAAUCCUGAAGGAGGUUACCAAGCCGGUGCUAAAGUUCAGUGUAUCGGCGAUUCUGGGUGAUAAGAAGGAGUGCGUGAAAGUGCGGAAUGAAUUUAUACAACCUCAACACCUUUGGCCUUAUAUACAACAAAACCUUAUCCAGCAAAAUCAUUUAGUAAAUCCUGCGUUUCUUGCGAACCACCUUCCCCAUCACCAUCCCCAACAACCAUUGUCCCCUCAUCAUCACCAUCAUCUAGUCAACGGAGUCAACGGAAACAGUCCUUCUGUAGGCAAUAACCACAACAAUAACAACAACAACAACAACACUAGCAACAGCAAUGGUAGUAAUUGCAAUAACAAUAAUAGCUGUAGUAACACCACUAGUGAAACUGGCAGCUUGCCAAAUAGUCCGGACCUACAAGAUGACGGUUCUCGUCUUCAGCAGCAGCAGCAGCAAACGCAACAGCAACAACAGUCAGGAGCCACUCAGCAGCAGUCUCGAGAUAAUAAAAUCAUCGCGAAACCACUCCCAAGCCGGCCGAUGCCUUUUCUGCAGCAUGGACUAAAUCAUCCUCAUCUCCACUCGCUGUUGGCUCACUGUCGGAAUCCAUACCUGCCCGGAGGUCCGCAAGUGUUUCCUUUGCCACCCGGCCAAGGCUUCCCGUGGGCGCACUCGACCCGAGGGAAACCCCGACGGGGGAUGAUGCGACGAGCUGUGUUCUCAGAUUCACAACGGAAAGGACUGGAGAAACGGUUUCAAUUGCAAAAAUACAUAAGCAAACCGGACCGGAAGAAACUGGCCGAACGACUCGGUCUCAAGGACUCUCAGGUGGGUACCUACUGUGUUUGUAGUUUGCAACAUCGUUUGAAGGCAGAAAACCCCUUCUGGUUUACGAUGACGUUCCGCCACCACGGCUGCUAA